AUGGCAGUAGCUGAACUUGUUGUUGCUGGUGGUGAUUAUAUGGGAGUAUGGAAGGAGACUCCCAAAAGAAGGAAUUGGAAAUCUAUGAGUAAGACGACAGUGCCCAUUGCGUUGAGUCGCAAUGGUUCAUAUGAUGAUCUGUUUGCAAGCGUAAUUGAGGCCGGUGAGUUAACUUCCGAGCCAAAUGACUUGUCCAAACUUGAGAGGAAGAGUAGAGAGUUGAAGAGGGGUAGAUACGAUGAGCAAGGUCAACCUAGGUCCAAAAAGAGGUUCUCCAACCAAGACUCUUCAAUGGUCAACAAUGAUAGGGUGUCUAACCCUAAUUCCCAAGGAGGGAGUGGAAGUGGUUCUUAUUUUGAGAGGUCUAGAUGUGCUAAGUAUAGGAAGCAACAUUUGGGUAAGUGUCGUGUCGGCACGGAUGAGUGCUUUAGGUGUGGAAAGAAGGUUCAUAAGAUGAGGGAUUGCCCAACACUCAUGGCAAAAGGAAGGGAGAAUAGGCAAGCUUCUUAUGUUGGCAUGGAUUCUAAUGCUCCAAAGAAGAAUCGCUUCUAUGCACUUCAAGCCAAAGAGGGCAAAGGAGCUAAUCCGAAUGAAGGUACCGGUAAGUCAUAG